AUGGCCGACAUGGCUCCUCCCACGAAGGAGUCCUCCGAGAAACCGCCUCGCGAGCAUGCUUCUUCCCAUGAUUCGGUCGACUCAGAUGAAGCAUACAGGCUGCGAUCUGAAGCUCUGGCGACGGAUGCUUCCAAACUGCAAAGUGGAUACUUCAUGAGUCCCAAGAUCGUGGGCUCAUUUACGGGCACAAGCAUAGUCGUCGUUGCAACGUACUUCCAGUUCCAAGCUCUUGCUGCAGUGCUGCAAUCCGCUGUCUACCCAGACAUCGGGCCCAGCACAAAUGUCGCUCUCGUCAGUACUGUCUGGACCGCGGCACAGCCAAUCGCUCUCUUGCUAUUUGGUAGACUGAGCGACCGUUUUGGGCGCCGGAACUUUGCUUUGGGCUCGUGUGUGCUCGCGAUUGUCGGAGGUAUUGUGGCUGCAACAGCUCAGUCGAUCGAGACCCUGAUCGCAGCGGAAGUCAUCAUGGGCAUUGCGUCCGGUGUACCUGCAGCCUACCCUCUAUUGGCUGGUGAGCUUGUGAGCAAUAAGGACAAGUACAUCGGUACUGCUUUGGUUGUCGUACCCAACGUGAUUGCCACGGGCUUUGGUGCAUACAUUGGAUUGGCUCUGGUCCAAGUUGCGAACUGGAGGUGGAUCUUCUACAUUUACAUCAUCAUGAUGGUCCCCGGAACCAUCCUAUGGUUUCUGUUCUAUCAUCCUCCGUCGUACACGCAGCUCCAUGGAAAGAAGUCCAGCAAGAUCGCAGAGCUCAAGAAGGUUGACUGGCUCGGUGUCUUUCUUUUGACCGCUGGGCUUGCGCUUUUCUUGGUCGGCAUCUCAUGGGGUGGUCCAGCUCAACCUUGGUCGUCUCCGAAAAUCAUGGGCUUGUUGAUCUCUGGGGGUGUGGCUGUGGUGUCCUUCAUCCUCUAUGAGACAUUCCUCACGCCUCAGCAACCGAUUGUGCCAAUGCGUUUCUUCCGCGACUUGCGAGGCUUCACCUGCUUGGAGAUCAUCUCGGCGACCUAUGGCGUUAUCAACAUCGCGCUGUUCGUCAUGUGGCCACAACAGGUCACCUACAUUUUCGGCUCGACAGUAAGCUCAUGGCAGGAGACUGCAUGGCUCUCCACCACAGCUGCAUUCGGUCUGUGGGGCGGCAUCGUCCUACUCGGUCCCUUUAUGUCGUGGAUUGGUCACAUCAGAUAUCAGAUUCUUGUCUCUUCUAUCUGGAUGACUGCCUUCCUUGGCGCAAUGGCGAGCAUCACCGUAGAGAAGAAGUCAAUGGCAAUUGCCUUCUCUUUUCUUGCAGGCUUUACCAUUGGCUGGGGCGAGGUUAUAGCUGCGAUUAUCGUCCAGUACAUUGUGUCGGAUGCAGAUUUGGGCGUUGCCUUUUCCGUCAUCUCCGCGUCUCGAACGAUCUUCGGUUCCAUUUUCACUGCAGCCUUCAUUGCAGUGUACACCAACAAAGUUCCUGGUUACCUCACCUCUAUUGUACCAGGACGUGUUCUGGCCGCUGGACUGCCCGAGUCUUCGUUGGAAGCGCUCAUGACGGCUGCGGCGGCUGCCAAUCAGACUGCCCUUCUUCAAGUUCAAGGAAUGACGCCCGAAAUUCUUCGCACUACGAACGUCGCAGUCAGCGAUGCAUACUCGAAGUCCUACGCUUAUGUCUACUAUUUUGCUGUCGCCAUCGGUGGUUUGUCCAUCGCAGCUUCAAUAGCUAUGCGGGACUUCGACAAGUACCUUAAUACACAUGUCUCAAGGCAACUGUAUGAUAAGAAAGAUGCUCAUACAGAUCCGCUCGAAGAUGCCGGUAUGUCGCAUGGCGUUGGUACCAGAGACAACGAUGGAGAGAAGGCUGUAGUGUAG